AUGCAUGGUCGUGACAACACCGAAGAAUAUGCUGCCGACUCUGGGGGAAAUGCCAUGCUGGAAAAUUUCUCAAGGAGAAUCAGCGCUGCACAGACUCUUGUUGAAGAGCUGACAUACCAUCCAAAGAAGGGAAAGUAUACAAAUAACACAACGGUGAAUAAGAAGAUGGAUGCGGAGCUGAAAAAAAGGGGGGGAGAAUGGUGUGGCAAAAGGGGCAAAUAUGCAACAGGCCCUGUAAUUGCCACCAAAGCUGAACGGACAAGGCAAUAUUACGCAGCAAAGGCAUGCAAGGAAGGGAUGAACCAAACCCCACUCACCAAAUUUUUCCGCUCUGUCCCCUCCUCAUUUUCCAAACAAUCCCAUUUGACCAACCCCAUGCAUUUACGUUCAGAUGUGAUUCCUCCAACUCCCAGCCUUACUUCAUCUGUAGUUUCCCCAAUCGAAAUAAACAAUGACAAUCAGUUGUCUGUUGACCAAGGAUCCGGGCUGAAGAAGCGUAAAUGGGCUGCUCACAUAAUGGGCCUUCCAGUUGCAUCGCUUGAGAAUCUCCAAUUGGAAAGUGAGAAAAGGCGCUGGACUGCUCAGAUUAGCCAAUCUGACAAUCUGGAAGAGCAUGAUAUGGGAUUGGAUGGAGAAGAGAAUGACAAUGACGGUGUGGGGGAUGAGGAGAUUGAAGAACUGAUGGGCGAUGUUCCACCUGCUGUCCCAGAACCUGGCCAAAAGUCAUGGGAAGAGCUCCAAAACAAAAUCUAUGGGAUUCUUAAGGCACAAAGGAAGAAAAAAACUGUCAGUCUCGCACUAACAGAGCUUACACAAUAUCAACUCCUAUGGAGCUGGUUUACACUCCGAAUGAAGGGGUACAAGAGGCUACCUGCAAGCAUUCAUAUAGCGAUUGACCGCCAUGAUGGAAAUGGAAGGUAUUUUGCUGCACGGAUCCGGGCAUUGGCACGCUUCUAUGAAAAGCAUGAGUCACUGCCACUGGAACGGAGAGGAGGGAGAAGGAAAGGUUCAUGUCACCUUGAUGAUCCAGAUGUGCAUAGAGCAGUCCAUGCUUGGCUGGAAAUGCAAUCAGUAAAGGAUCUAACGGUGGAAUCCUUCCGCCGAGCUCUCAACACCAUUAUUCUACCCGAACUUGGGAAUUGA